GAUAUGAGAAGAGUCAGGGUUCCCCAAUUUUAGGCUUCCCCCAAAAGAAUCCCCUGGCGUUGCACAGAGUAUUACCAUUUGGCUCUCGCUUCCUCUCUGUCUCUCUCAAAAUGUUUAUAAAAAUAGCAUUCGGUUUCCCUUCUUCUUGAUCUCCCGGAACGUUAUAGCCUUUGGCUUUUCUCUCGGCUUCCAUCCCACAGAAAGGGGACGGUUUUCCCCCCUUCAACCCCAACAAAGGAGGAAGACGAAGAGGGAGGCUGUCCCUGCAUCAUCAGGUUGGGGGUUGGGAGGAAAAACUCGGGCUGCACUCCAAUGGCUGCCUCCGCUCCCAUGGCCAAGAGGUACAUUACCCUCCAGGAGCUCCAGAAGCACAACUCUGAGAAGGACCUCUGGGUCUCCAUCCAGGGCAAGGUCUACGACGUCACUGGUUGGCUCAAGGACCAUCCUGGUGGUGACUUGCCAUUGCUGAAUCUUGCAGGCCAGGACGUGACGGAUGCAUUCGUUGCCUACCAUCCUGGCACUGCAUGGAAGUUCCUUGACAGAUUCCUUGUUGGGUAUCUCGAGGGCUACAAGGUUUCCGAGGUCUCAAGCGACUACAGGAGGCUUGUCAAUGAGUUGGCCAAAUCUGGGUCCUUUGAGAGAAACGGCGUCUUCGUCUAUCUCUCCGCCUUGUUCAUGUUCUCCAUGCUCUUUCUCUGUUUCUAUGGCGUUUUGGGGUCCCAGGAUUUCUGGGUGCAUGUCGGUUCUGGUUGCUUGAUGGGUUUUGUGUGGAUCCAGAGUGGGUGGAUCGGCCAUGACUCUGGACACCACAAAUUCAUCAAGAACACGGCCUUGAACAGGUUCGCUCAGGUCCUGUCUGGCAACUGCUUGACCGGGAUCAGCAUCGAGUGGUGGAAGAGGAACCACAAUGCACACCACAUUGCCUGCAAUAGCCUGGAUUUUGAUCCGGACCUGCAACACAUGCCUCUCUUUGCCGUCUCCUCUAAGUUAUUCCAGUCCCUCACCUCAUAUUUCUAUGGGAGGCAGAUGGCCUUUGAUGGGCUUGCUAGGUUCCUUGUGAGCUACCAGCAUUUGACAUUCUACCCUGUGAUGUGCUUUGCUAGGAUCAAUCUCUUUGCGCAGUCUAUAGUUUUGUUGCUCUCGAAGAAGAAGGUGCCCAACAGGGGACAGGAGAUUUUAGGGAUCUUGGUGUUCUGGAUCUGGUACACAUACUUGGUUUCAUGCCUGCCCAACUGGACAGAGAGGGUGAUCUUUGUUGUCUGUAGCUUGGCCGUGACGGGGAUCCAGCAUGUGCAGUUCUGUUUGAACCAUUUCUCGUCAAUGGUGUAUGUGGGUAAGCCCACUGCGAAUGAUUGGUUUGAGGUCCAGACUCAGGGGACCCUUGAUAUAAAGUGUCCCCCUUGGAUGGAUUGGUUCCAUGGAGGUUUGCAGUUUCAGAUCGAGCACCAUCUGUUUCCUCGUCUCCCCCGUUGCCAACUCAGGAAAAUUGCACCCCUAGUGAGGUCUCUGUGCAAGAAACAUGGGCUCCCGUAUACCAGUGUAUCGUUUCUUGAAGCGAAUUUCUUAACGCUUAAGACGCUGAGGACAGCAGCAUUAGAGGCAAGACAAUUCACAGACCUGCCGCCGAGGAAUCUGCUCUGGGAAGCAGUCAACACCCAUGGUUGAGCACUGGAGAUGCUUUCAUGUUGUUAAACCUUUUUCUCUUUUGGCUUCUCUGUAAUGUGUGCUUUUUGGCCUUAAAUCUCUAAUGGGUAGCCGUCAUAUGCAAAGACAUGGGUUGAUGCUUUGCUAGAAGAAUUUACAGAUCGAAAUGAAGAAUCACGGUUUGCAACAUUUGGAAGGGGAUGUGUAGCCCUUGCAAUCGUCCUUGUUUUUUGGACGAACUCUGUUUGAGGAUCUUUUGUAACCAGACUUUUAUGGUUUUGGAUGAAUGCGUGUAAGUUUUCCAUUACGAACUUGAUUUCCUUUGUUGCCA